AUGCAGUCGAGCUCCCUGCCCCAGACCGACAGGCUGGUUUGCUACGUGACGGGGUUUUACCCCAUGGAGAUUGAGGUGAAGUGGUUCAAGAACGGGCAGGAGGAGACGGAGCGCGUGGUGUCCACGGACGUGAUCCAGAAUGGAGACUGGACCUACCAGGUGCUGGUGAUGCUGGAAACCACCCCGCAGCGCGGGGACACCUACAUGUGCCAGGUGGAGCACGUCAGCCUGCAGCACCCCCUCACCCAGCUCUGGGAGGUGCAGUCGGAUGGCGCCAGGAGCAAGAUGCUCACGGGGGUGGGGGGCUUCGUGCUGGGGCUCAUCUUCCUGGCGCUGGGGCUCUUCCUCUACACGCAAGAAGGUGAGCGGUGGGGACGCUGG